AUGCCUCCCAGAAGGACGGUGAGAAACCAGACCCCGAACAAGGGCCUGGCCCAGCAACAAGCCCAGCAGCAAGCUCAACAGCAAGCUCAACAGCAGGCUCAACAGCAAGCCCAGCAACAAGUCCAGCAGCAACCUCAAAACCAACCCCAGAACCACGCCCAAGAGCAAGCCCACAACCAGACUCAGAACCAGGCCCAACCCCAGGCUCAAGCCCAAGAAGAAACCCCCGGCCAACCGAAAAAACUAAACACAUACCAACUAAUGAAGCAGCGCAAACACGUCGCCAAGCUCAAAGCCGCCGACCGCGGACCCCUCUCGGACGCCGAAAUCAGAGCAUUCACCAAGGCCAUCGAGGACGGCAACGCGCUGCUCCAGCACGUCGCCGCCCAGGACCCGCAGCAAAGAGCCUACAAAUGGCGGUACUACGACGGCGAGCGCGACGAGGACCAGGAUGCGACGGGGACCCCCGUCGACCGCGAGUACGACUCGGAUGGGACCGAGGAGGUGCCCCCGAGGCUCCGGCAGGAGUUCCGCGGGAAGAUCAGGAGUUAUGGCCCCGUUUCGCUGCUUCCAAAGGAGAUACAGGAGGCGCAUCUCUCGGCGGUGGAGGAGGCGCACCCGGGUGAGGUGGAUAGGAGGGGGAUUGAGCUCGAGCAGGACUAUCCGACGAUUGUCAAGACGCAGCCCGUGCUUGACGUGGAGGAUAACAGGAUUGCCCCCUGCGACCGGUGCAAGGUCAAGAGUAUCAUAUGCGACAAGACGGGGUGGGCAUGCAGGGCCUGCGUGGUGCGCGAUGUGGACUGCACCUUUACCCAUCGGACAACACACCACACUAUCCAUCUUGCUCGGCAGCCCGACGAUCCGCACAGGACGGAUCCCAAGUUCCAGGGCUGGGAGCGGAAGCAGAUCCGGUUCGCGACCAAAUCCAUGGUUCUCUUCCACGACAUGCUGCAGACGACGGCCGAGCGGGCCCGCAUCGCGGAGAACGCACUGGCGGCCAGCAACAGGCAGGAGGUGAUGCAAGUCAUCCAGCAGACGGCCGUAACCACUCAAGGGUUGCGCUCUGGUCUCCGCAGGGCGCAGCUGGAUUGUGCGAGGAAGGAUGCGGAAAUCGCAAACCUGCGUCUGCAGCUGCAGACCCUCCAGGACAAGGACACUGCGAGCACCAAUGAACUCGGCGCACUGCGCACUGAGAACCAGAGGCUGAACGGGGAGAUCUUCAGGAUCCAGCAGGGGAACCCUGCAAGUACUGCAAGUACAGCCCCGCCACCCGGUGGAAAGAAGGUUAGGAUCAGGGACCGGCGAGGAGAAAGAGAGCGCCUCAGGCAGAGGCGAGCGGAGCGAGAGGCUGCGGCUGCGGCUGCAGCUGCCCAGCCUGCUGCUCCUGCGACUGCGACUGCUCCUGAUGUCAACCUCACCGGUGGGACGACGCAGCCGGGGAAUCCAUUCAGUUACGAUCCGCAGCCGACUGCUGGCCCUGUCGGCACACCCGAGCUGAUGACCGAAGAUAAUCUCAAUCUCCUGCAGCAGGCGACAUAUGAUUUCAGCCAGGCUCCGCAGCCCACUGCUCCACCACAAGAAACGCAGCAACAGCCCAAUGAUCCGUACGGAGGCCUGGAUCCAGAACUCUUUGUGGACAACGCCUCGUCGGCCAACCUCGGCUUUCAAUUCGGAGAUCUCGACGAACAGGACUUUGUGCCCGACGACGCCUCCCCAGAGGAAAUCGCACGACUGAUUGAAGAACAAGACGCCGCCAACGCCCCGGCUGCAGGGCAAGGAAGGAACGCUGGUGAGCCACAAUUCUUCACAGAAGCGUACGGUGGAGCUGCAGCAUCCCCGCAGGCCGAGAGCAGUGCGCAAGCCGCCCGAAGAGCCCAAGCCCAAGCCGGAGCCCGAGAAAGUACAUUCGAUCCAUUCGCCGUGCCCACUGAUAUGCCCGACUGGGCAAAUGAACCUACCGACCCGGCGGCUGCAAACGCACCCAGCGGGUAUACGGCAGCCGGUGACCAGAACUUGCCUACGGGGGAGAUGGAUGAGACUGGCCAGCAGAUGGCUAGCAUGAUGCAGGGUUAUAACCGGGACAGCCCUGGCUUUGACGCGGCAGUGGCUGAGGCGCAGCGUAAUAGAGAUGGGGAUGGCGAUGAGAUGAUGAUGGAUUAA